UUUUCAUCAUAUGACAAACAGCCUAAUAUAUAUGACCUGUUUGUCCUCUAUUGUUUUCCAUGUGCAGAAAGUCUGUGGGGUGUGUAAUGGUUCUGGUUACCGUCAUUCUAAUGACCGCUGCACACACUGCAAUGGGCGCGGACGUGAAAACUGUACUUCAUGUAGCAGCAGAGGCUCUUGCCAGUGUGUCACCUGCCUUGGAAAGGGAAAGCUACUCGUAUUCAUUAACCUCAAUGUUAAAUGGAGCAUAGAGAAGGAUGAAUACGUAGCGCAGGAUUCAAGUGGUCUGAGAGUGGAUAAACUGGAGGAGGUUUCGGGGAAGGAGCUCUUCAAAGACGCCCAGUUUAUGGUCUAUCCAGUGAGGGGCUUUCCAGAUGUUUCUGUUGCACAAGCUUCUGAGCAUUUAGUAAGAGAACAUCAGGGGAAAUACGCCCCAAAAUCCCGCAUAUUACAACAGAGGCAGACAAUCGAGCUCAUUCCCAUAACCAAAGUGAACUACAGGUGGAAAGGAAAGCCUAAUUUUUUGUAUGUGUAUGGAAAUGAGUUUAAAGUGAACGCUGAUGACUAUCCCGCCACCUGCUGCUGUUCUGUCAUGUAACAUCAAGCGAUAUGACUGAAAUCUUAUAUCUCGAUAACAAUAUAUAUCACAAUAUUUUUUUUCUUUUAAAAAGUGUUUUAUGAUAUUAAAAUCUUUGAUAUCAUAGAAUUUAAAUAAUCAUUGUCACCAAUGUCAGUAUUAAACUUUAUACGAGCCUAAACAGAGACAUAAAAAAACAGGCUCACUGAAGAUAAAUAAACAGUGAUGAAAUAAGGAUAAGAAACUAACUGCAAGGAAUAGAGAAAAAUACAAUUUACAAUAUAUAAGAAAAGCUACAUACAUUGUAUAAAUUGACUAGUCUUCACUGUGUUAAGUUAGUUCUUCUUCUUAUCAAAGUUUUAAAAGUGAUUUAGUCAAGAGUAGUGAGAGAUUUUAAUAUUAAUCUCAGCUUCCCCUUAAAGACUAAAGUCCGGAUUUAAUAUACUGUUAUGCGUUUUCUUUUUCAUCUAUUUACUC